AUGUCAUUUAGAGGCGGUGGUAGUGGAGGUGGUAGAUCAACUCAAAGAACUAUUCUUCCAUUUGGAUUAGAUUAUGCUGAUAUUAUAUCAUCCACUCAAGAAACAGAAAAACCUCAAUUAUUAUUACCUAUAAAUGGAGAUAUAACUGAAAUUGAAUCCAUUAUUGCUAAACAAUCAAUGAAUUUUACUAAACUAAUGUCGGAAGGACCAUUUUUCACGGGGAAUCUAGAUAGUAUAGAAAUCACCAAAAAACGUCAAAAUAAUGAUAGUGAUGAAGAAGAAGAAGACGAUGAUAAUGAAGGAGGCGGAGGAAGAGAUAAGAGAAAGAAAUCUAAAACAAAAACCAUUACUCUGAGUAGUGGUGGUGAUGGAAUAGAAAGAUAUUCUGAUCGAUAUAAAAAAAUCCAAAAAAUCGGUCGAACAAUUGAUGAACAUCCUUAUCAACCAGAAUAUUUCCCUAGUGAAUUAUAUUCAAUUAUGGGAAUAACUAAUAAACGUGAUAAGAAGAAAUUUUUAUUAUUAUCGAAGUUUAAAUCAAAUGGAGGAUUAAAACAAAUAUUAUCUAAUGAAAAAUUGGAAAAUUUAGAUGAACAAUCAAAAUUAGAUUCUAUGAAAGAAAAAAUGUUAAGUAUGAUUGAUAAUACAGUAAAUAUGAAUGAAGACGAUGAUGGCAAAGGACGUAAUAAUAAUAGUGGUGAUGAACAAGAAAUUGAUGAAGAUGAUAUAGAUGAUGAAUUUGAAGAUGAAGAUGAUGAUGAUUAUAAUGCUGAGAAAUAUUUCGAUGAUGGUGAUGAUGAUGAUGGUGGCGAUGAUGGAGGUGAUGAUGAAGCAGCAUUUUAA